CAAAUCGUUCCCAUGUGAAUACGCGAGUUUCUUCUAUUGUUUUAGAUUUCAUUGUGUCUUAUUUCUAUUUAUUAAUAUAUCGCUUUCAGUUCUGAUUUCGUUUAAAAGUGCUUGUGUUGAUUCAAAUUCUGAAAAUCGCUUUUCUAAUCUUUAUUUGUCGCUUUGAGAGUUAGUGUAGCGUCAAUCUCGCUGCAUGCGGGAAACACGUGCUAUUAACCUUUGCUUUGCUUUCACAAGUUGACCGACGGCAAAAUGUCUUCACGGUUAAAUUUAGUCCGCACCUUUCUGAGUCAAUCGAGUUCUUCCGGUGAUGGCGAUCGUUCGUUGCCACUUUCGGGUGGAACUCCCAGCGAAGGGGUGGACAGUGGCUUUCAAACUCGCACUCCUGAAAGCACCCCCACAGCCCAGCGGAAAAUUAUCGGUCGUGGUCAAUUGACAUCGGGAGUUGGGACCACCAUUGCUACCGGCACGGGCAUAUCCGGGCCGGAUUCAUCCGAGUCCGAUCAUCAAUCGAGCAUUGUUUCCGGUGCUCCUUCUACCUUCGGUCGUGGACGCGCUCAAUUCAUCCAGGCACUUAUUCGACAACCAUUGGAAUCAGCCCGAUCAAUUGCAUCUGAGGAUACCAGUUCAGUGACCUCGGCUAAAAUCUCGACAAUCGGUGGUGGACGGGGACGGUUUAUUCAACAGUUGCUGAAUACGGCUCCGGAUGUACCGGGAGUUGUGACACCAACUUCCAACGGAAGUAAGAAAGAAUCGGAGCUUUCGGAAAAAAUGUCCCAGGUCACUAUCAGUGCUGUUGAGACCAUCGAAGUGGAGAAGGCUCCUCUCGUAAAGACUGGAUCAAAAGGAACACCUGUUCAACUGAUGACCAACUACAUCCGGAUUGCAUGUGAUCCAGAUCGUGGAAUCAACGAGUACGAAGUUCGUUUUUCUCCAGAAGUCGACUCGAAAGCUUCACGUGCUCGUUACAUUGCUCAACAUGCCAACGUGAUUGGAAACGCCAAAACCUUCGACGGGGUCAAGUUAUACCUUCCGAAGAAACUGCCAAACGCAGAGACCAUCCUCUACGCAAAUAAUCCUGUCGAUGGUCACCAGGUGACGAUAAAGAUUAUAUUCAAGCGUAAGCAAAGAAUGAGUGAGAACGUUCAGUUCUAUAAUAUUCUGUUCCAACGAAUAAUGAAAGUACUAAAGAUGGUUGAAAUGGCUCGCAAGAAUUUUGAUCCGUCGGCACCGAAGUUGAUUCCUCAGCAUCGUUUGGAAAUAUGGCCGGGUUACGUUAGUGCUGUAGACGAAUACGAAGGAGGGUUGAUGUUGAAUCUGGACGUCUCCCACCGUGUUCUACUGCAAACAACAGUGCUGGACCAUAUCAAGACUCUUGCUAGAUCUAAUCCACAAGAUUAUAAGAACAUGUCGACCAAAUCGUUGCUUGGGGCCGUAAUCUUGACUCGCUACAAUAACAAAACGUACCGCAUCGACGACAUUCUUUUCGAUCAGAAUCCUACGAUGACUUUCCAAGCCAGCGGCAAAGACAUCUCGUACAUCCAGUACUACAAGCAGCAGUACAAUAUCGACAUACAAGACUUGAAGCAGCCAUUGUUGAUACAUCGUAAGGAGCGUCGCGUAGCUGGUCAGGACAAGCCUCAAGAGAUGAUGAUGUGCCUUAUUCCGGAAAUCUGUUAUCUGACCGGCUUGACAGACGAAAUGCGAAGCGACUUCAAAGUAAUGCGAGAUAUUGCCGCUUUUACACGAGUUUCGCCGAAUCAGCGUCUGAACAGUAUGAAACAGUUUUGCCGAAACGUCAACGAAAACCGAGAGGCUCGUGAGAUUCUGGAGGUUUGGGGAUUAAAACUUGACAUGGAUCCUCUUAUAAUGCAGGGACGAGCCUUCGAUGAAGAAACAGUGUUCUUCGGAAAUGCGCAGGUUGGCGUUGGGAGAAACGGUGAUUUCAACCGUGCUGUCACCAGCAAUCAUAUGCUGCAAGUGGUGAACAUUCGUAACUGGCUGUUGAUUCAUACGGGAAAAGAUAUGAAAGUGGCUAGGUCCUUUAUGGACUGCGUCGAUCGAAGCUGCCGUCCCAUGGGUAUUCAGAUUGCUCCACCGCAAAUUGAAGUACUUAACACUGACCGAACGGAGCAGUACGUCCAGGUUCUGCGUACUAAAAUCCGACAGGAAACACAGAUUGUCGUCAUAAUUUGUCCAACUUCUCGAGACGACCGAUAUGCCGCAAUCAAGCGAAUUUGCUGCUCAGAAAUUCCAGUGCCAUCACAGGUCAUUAAUGCUCGAACGCUCAGCAAUGAGGCCAAGAAUAGAGCGAUUGUGCAGAAGAUCAUCCUUCAAAUGAACUGCAAACUGGGUGGGACAUUGUGGAGCAUUAGAAUCCCAUUUCAAAACGUAAUGAUUGCUGGCAUCGAUACAUAUCACGAUCCGAAGCAAAAGAGCAGCUCGGUUUCCGCGUUCGUGGCGUCACUAAACGGUGAUUACACCCGAUGGUACUCGCGUGCUUGCAUUCAGAACAAAAAGGAAGAGUUCAUGAAUGGGUUGUGCGCUUCGCUGGAAAAAUCUCUGAAGGCGUACCAGAAGUUGAACUGCGUACUGCCGCAGAAGAUCAUAAUUUUCAGAGAUGGCGUCGGCGAUGGCCAGCUGAAAAUGUGUGCAGAAUAUGAGAUACCUCAGCUGCAAGAGGCCUGCAAACUGCUAUCGCCAGAAUAUUGCCCGGAGUUUGCGUUCAUCGUUGUGCAGAAGCGCAUCAACACCAGAAUGUUCCGAAUUGAUGGCUCAAACCUGGACAACCCUAAUCCGGGCACCGUUCUUGAUCACACCGUCACCAGGCGGCACCACUUUGAUUACUUCCUGGUGCCACAAUCGGUCCGACAGGGUAGUGUCUCCCCGACGCAUUACAUCGUAGUGCACAAUCAACCGGAUUACAGCCCGGACAUUCUGCAACGACUGAGCUACAAACUGUGCUAUCUUUACUAUAACUGGCCGGGAAGUGUGCGAGUUCCGGCUUGUUGUCAGUACGCACACAAGAUGGCCUACCUGAUUGGGCAGUCAGUGAAGCGCAAUCCCGACGAGGUGCUAAAUGAUAAACUAUUUUAUCUGUAGGAAACGCAUCACGGACUUUUUUUUCUUUUUGCCAUUCCUUGUUAUCGAAGUAAUGUUUCUACAAACAUUUUAUGUGAUUCUCCCCGUGUCACGUUUUAAAAACUAAGUUGUGAUCUUAACUCCCAUGACCACGACCAGGAGAAUAUCGUAAAUCGUUAAGUGUCUUAGUAGUUUAGUGAGAAACUGAAUAUUUCAUAUGAAAGAAACGAUACCAAAUA